GACCGAUUUAUCGAGCAACGCAACCUAAACCCCGUCGCCCCCUUCCAUUUACCACAGCUUCCAAAACCCUUCUUUCUCAGAUCCAUCUUACUGCCAGGUAUGGCGGCGGAGCCCGAAAACAGUGCCGGAAACGAAACCUCCGCCGAAGCCGAGACCAAGGCGGAGGUGCCAUCCUCCCCCGCCGCGGAGGCCGAGACCGAGGAGAACGACGCCGCCGCCGAGGAGGAUGAGGAGGAGGAAGAGGAGGAUGAGGAGGAGGCCGAGGAGGAGGAUGCGGCGGAGGACGAGUCUCCUCCCGCCGAGGCUGCCCCGACGGCGCAGGGUGGCGGCGUGGAAGUCAAGAAGUGGCCCGGGUGGCCCGGAGACAACGUGUUCCGCCUCGUAGUGCCCGUUCUGAAGGUGGGGAGCAUCAUCGGCCGCAAGGGGGAGCUCAUCAAGAAGCUCUGCGAGGAGACCAAGGCUCGCGUUCGGAUCCUUGAAGGGCCCAUCGGCGUCAGUGAUCGCAUUGUUCUGAUAUCUGGUAAAGAAGAACCAGAAGCUGAGAUAUCCCCAGCUAUGGAUGCUGUGCUAAGAAUCUUCAAACGUGUUAAUGGUAUUUCAGAUAUCAGCUCAAACUCAGGAUCUGUUCCUGGUACAUGUUCAGUCCGAUUGUUGGUGGCCUCAUCACAAGCUGUGAAUUUGAUCGGGAAGAAAGGUGAAGCAAUAAGGUCUAUUCAAGAGAGUAGUAAUGCCACUGUGCGGGUUCUAUCAGGAGAGUUGCCAUUUUAUGCUGCUCCAGAUGAAAGAAUUGUAGAAAUACAGGGUGAAUCAUUGAAGGUCCUCAAAGCCCUUGAAGCAGUUACUGGGCAUCUCAGGAAGUUUUUGGUUGAUCACAGUGUACUUCCUUUGUUUGAGAAGAGUUAUAAUACACCAGUUACACAAGACAGGCCAGUUGACACAUGGGGUGAAAACACUCAAUCUUAUAGCCACGGCGUGCAACAGUCUGCAAUUGGCAAUGACUAUGGUCUUCCUUUGAAGAGAGAUUCCUUUUUUAUUGAUCGUGAAUCUCAAUUAGACUCACAAAUACCACGUAGCGGACUGGCAUUAUAUGGACAGGAUCCUGCUGUCUCUGGUUUACGUUCUUCGGCGCUCGGGCGCACUGGCAGUGCUUUAGAGGUCACACAGAAAAUGCAAAUUCCACUUACAUAUGCGGAAGAUAUUAUUGGUAUAGGAGGGGGCAAUAUAGCAUACAUAAGACGUACCAGUGGAGCAGUAAUUACUGUUCAAGAGACCAGAGGAUUGCCCGAUGAGAUAACUGUUGAAAUGAAGGGCACAACGGCACAGGUUCAUGUUGCUCGACAGCUCGUUCAGGAGUUCAUCACGGGGCGUAGAGAACCUGUGUCAAGCAACUAUGGUGGUGUUGAUACAGGAUUGAGAUCGAGUUACUCGCAGUUGGCGAGUACAGCAUACCCAUCCUCAUCUUAUGCAUCACAUUCCUACGGUGGAUAUGGUUCGUCUGGACUAGGAGGGUAUGGUGGAUAUAGGCCUUGAGAAAGAGCCUCCUGCUGCUUGCACAAAAGCACCUUGUAUGUCACUUAAUGGGAGUUUAUGUUUCUUGAUCAGAUUCAGUAAUAGCUAAAUAUUAGUCUGUAUGAGGUUCUCCACAUGAUCCAACAGUAACUGCAUCUUUGUUUUUAAUCUUUUGUUGGCUGCUAA